AUGCCUCUAUUAAAAUAUUUAAAUAUUCAAUGUCUUAAUGAUGACGGAUAUUCAUAUGAUACAAAUAGAUUAAGUAAUACUCCAUGUGCCAUUCAUUUAAAAGAAUUAAUUAUCGGAGAUUUACAAUGUACAUUUAUGAAUUUCAAAAUAUUUGUAAAACAAAUACCAAAUUUACAAAUUUUAACAAUAUCUACAAGAAAAAAUCGUGAUAUGUUUGAGGCUAAUCUAUGGGAACAUUUAAUAAGAAUUUCAUUACCUCAUUUAAUUACUUUCGAUUUUAAUUUUGGUUGUAUUUAUGAUUGUAUUGAUGAUUGCAUUUAUGGUUGUAUUUAUGGUUGUAUUUAUAAACGUUAUCUAUACAAAUAUAUGUUCGAUGAAUUUUAA